CACCAAUAUUUUGUGCUAUUAUUCUCAUUUCUCAGCCUUUAUAAAACCGUUCCUCGCGGCGGCUCUGAGGCCAGCCGGCGCACGCUACUAGCCGACGCGCUUCUUUUUAAACAAUGCGUAGGGAGAUAACCUACGCGUCUCCUAGCGCCCGCGACCUCAGCGCCGGAGCUGCUGCUACCGCCGCCGACUCGGCUCCUCUUUCGUCCCUUUCCUCCGCCGCCAUGCGGACUUCCCGCCCCGUCAAGGUCAUACCGCUGCAGCAUCCGACGGAUGCGGCGUCGCCCUCGCCGUCGGUUGCGGGCUCAGCCGUGUCGCGGUGGAGUGAGAAAGUCAAGCGGAUGACGUCGACGGAGUGGAUUGAGCUCUGCUUGCCUUGCUAUCGUUGGAUUCGAACGUAUAAUUGGCGACAGGACUUGCAAGCUGAUCUCAUGGCUGGUAUCACCGUGGGGAUCAUGCUCGUCCCUCAGUCAAUGUCAUAUGCAAAGCUUGCUGGGCUUCAACCAAUAUAUGGUCUUUAUUCUGGUUUUAUCCCAAUAUUUGUUUAUGCAAUUUUUGGGUCAUCUCGCCAACUUGCAAUCGGUCCAGUUGCAUUAACAUCACUGCUGGUCUCAAAUGUCUUGAGUAGUGUAGUAGACCCAUCAGAUGAGUUAUACACGGAGCUUGCUAUACUCUUAGCCCUUCUGGUCGGCAUUUUAGAAUGCAUAAUGGGGCUUUUAAGGCUUGGGUGGCUCAUUCGUUUCGUCAGUCACUCUGUGAUUUCUGGUUUUACUACGGCCUCUGCUGUUGUUAUUGGUUUGUCCCAAGUAAAAUAUUUCCUAGGCUAUGAUAUAGAACGAAGCAGCAAAAUUAUUCCACUUAUCAAGAGUAUUAUAUCUGGAGCAGAUAAGUUUUCUUGGCCACCUUUUGUAAUGGGCUCAAUCAUGCUAGCUAUUCUUCUUACAAUGAAGCACUUGGGAAAGUCAAGGAAGUGCUUGAGGUUUCUACGAGCAGCUGGUCCUCUUACAGCUGUUGUUCUGGGUACAGUCUUUGUCAAAAUGUUUCAUCCAACUUCAAUUUCAUUGGUAGGAGAGAUACCACAGGGGCUGCCAAAAUUCUCUGUUCCUAAGGAAUUUGAUCAUAUACAGUUUUUGAUUCCAACAACAAUUCUUAUUACUGGUGUGGCUAUCUUGGAGUCCGUGGGCAUUGCCAAAGCUCUGGCUGCAAAGAAUGGAUAUGAGUUGGAUUCAAGUCAAGAGUUAUUUGGUCUUGGUGUUGCCAACAUUUGUGGUUCAUUCUUCUCAUCAUACCCUACAACAGGCUCUUUUUCUAGGUCUGCUGUGAAUCAUGAAAGUGGAGCAAGAACAGGCUUAACUGGGAUUGUGAUGGGAAUUAUCAUGUGCUGUGCUCUUAUAUUUUUGACUCCAUUAUUUGAAUGCAUACCUCAGUGUUCUCUGGCUGCUAUAGUGAUAUCUGCUGUAAUUGGGCUGGUAGAUUAUGAUGAAGCUAUUUUUUUAUGGCGUGUUGACAAGAAAGAUUUUCUCCUGUGGGCAAUUACUUGCAUUACAACUUUGUUCCUUGGUAUAGAGAUUGGCGUCCUUAUUGGGGUUGGUGUUUCACUUGCUUUUGUGAUCCACGAGUCGGCAAAUCCGCAUAUAGCUGUCCUGGGGCGUCUUCCUGGAACCACUGUUUACCGAAACAUUCAACAAUAUCCUGAAGCGUAUACAUACAACGGGAUUGUGGUUGUUCGAAUUGAUGCACCUAUUUACUUUGCCAACACAAGUUACAUCAAGGACAGGUUACGGGAAUAUGAAAUUGCAAAGGGUGGAUCCUCAAGUCAUGGGCCAGAAGUUUCCAGAGUUCACUUCGUGAUUAUUGAGAUGGCUCCUGUUACAUAUAUAGAUGCUAGUGCUGUUCAAGCUUUGAAAGACCUCUAUCAAGAAUACAAGUCAAGGCACAUUCAGCUAGCCAUUUCCAAUCCAAACCAAGAAGUUCUGGUAUCUCUAGCAAAAGCGGGUGUGGUUGAGCUAAUCGGCAAGGAGUGGUACUUUGUUAGAGUCCACGACGCUGUCCAAGUUUGUCUUCGACAUGUACAGAGCUUAAACGAAUUUCCCAACACACAAGAAGUAUCAUCAGACAACAACCCGAAUGCAAUAUUGUUCCAAAGGCUGCUAAAGCAGAGGAAAGACGAAUUCUCAACUGCUGAUGUUGAGUCGGGCGAUGGACGCUUUUUACAGUCCAAGGAUGCAGACCCUCAACUGGAGCCUCUGCUGUCAAAGAAGUAAAACCGGUACUCCUCUUCCAUGCAGUUUGUACCAGUAAAUUGUCUAUAUUGAUGCUGUGUAUCCCUGUUUUUAUUGAUAGGUGAGGUUUACUUAGAAUCUGAGGUAAUUCAUUGUAAUGAACGAUACUCCGUAUGUUCAUAUGCUCUGCUGUUUGCUUCUUGUGUAAUUAAUUAAUGCAGAGGAAUAAUGCUCACGAAUUCA